GCCCUCCAGUCUCGGCGCCGCCGCCAUGUACCAGCCCCGCGCUGUCGUCCGCCUGCGCACCGUGCUGGGACACCUUGGUGGCCUCCCGGCCGAGGCCGUUGUAUCCUUUGGGCUGCGCGGAGAUCGGGCCGGACCCGCUGCCGCCACCGCCUCCGCGGUGCCAAUGGAGGUGGCCCCGGCCAGCCGCCGGCUCUGCCCCUUCAUCCUCUCGCCUGUCCCCGCAGUGGUGACAGCUUUUAAGGGAGCCCAAAGGAGAGAGGAGGAGGCUGCAUUCCCAGGCGCCAAAGGCCCAUAUACUCUGGAUAAUAAUGUUCUAAGCCUGGAACAGAGACAAUUUUAUGAAGAAAAUGGCUUCCUUGUCAUUAAAAAUCUGGUAUCUGAUGUUGAUAUUCAGCGCUUUAGGGAUGAGUUUGAAAAAAUCUGCAGAGAAAAGGUGAAACCAUUAGGAUUACAUGUGAUGAGAGAUGUGAGCAUUGCAAAAUCAAAAUAUCAUUCAAGCGAGAAAAUGGUCUCGAAGAUCCAGGAUUUCCAAGAAGAUGAGGAGCUCUUCAGAUACUGCACCCUCCCCCAGAUUCUGAAAUAUGUGGAGUGCUUUACUGGACCCAAUAUCAUGGCCAUGCACACGAUGCUGAUAAACAAACCUCCGGAUUCUGGCAAGAAGACGUCCCGACAUCCCAUGCACCAGGACUUGCACUAUUUCCCCUUCCGGCCCAGCAAUCGCAUUGUGUGCUCCUGGACGGCCAUGGAGCACAUUGACCGCAACAACGGCUGUCUGUCCGUGAUCCCCAGCAGCCACAAAGGCUCCCUGAAGUCUCACGAUUACCCACAGUGGGAGGGGGGAGUUAACAUCAUGUUCCACGGGAUCCAGGACUUUGUGGACAGUGGUGCCCGUGUGCACCUUGUGAUGGAGAAGGGAGACACCGUUUUCUUUCAUCCUUUGCUGAUUCACGGAUCUGGUCAGAAUAAAACUCAAGGAUUCCGGAAGGCAAUUUCCUGCCAUUUUGCCAGCUCGGAUUGCUACUACAUUGAUGUGAAGGGCACCAGUCAAGAAAAUAUCGAGAAGGAAGUCAUUGAUAUAGGAAAGCGAUUGUACACGGCUGAAAGUAGCUUCACCUUGAAGGAUGUUUGGAGGUUUCGGGCUCGACUUGUGCAAGGAGAAAGAACCAACCUUUGAAAUGGUCCUUUGCUAUGAUUCUUUUAAAGAAAACCAAAAUGAAACAAGCUGUCAAAGGAAAAUGUCUCCUUGGUGGGACGAAGUCAUCUUUUCUAUCCGCUUGUUAACAAAAUCUCAAAAAACACCUGUCAGGUACUUCGUUGCAUGGAGUAGUUAAUUUUGCAGCACAAUGGUCUUGCUUUAAUGGAAGUAAAACAGUAAAAAGGAAAUAUUACUAUUUUAAAGGAAACUGAUUUAGGGUUGCAAAUAGUAAAGAUGAUUGGCAUGUGA